AUGGCCGGCGCCAUGAUCACGGACACGCACGCCUUCAUGGGCCACGCCAUCAAGAUCACGCGACGCGACAUCGCCGGCGGCGGCCGCGACGACGACGACGGCGACGAUUCCGACGACGCGUAUGUCGACCCCUUCUUCUUCGACGAAGGCGCGUUCUGCUACACCGUCGCCGCGAGCACGGGAUUCUGUCGCGUCUGGGAGGGCGCGUCCGCGCUGACGUCCCUCCUCGAGAGCGACGACUUCCCGCUUCGUGACAAACUCGCGGGGAAGCGCGUCCUCGAGCUCGGCGCGGGGGUGGGGCUGUGCGGCAUCGCCGCCGCGGUCGCGGGCGCGCACGUCUGCGUGAGCGAUCUGCGACCCGUCGUCGACGGCGUGCUCGCGACGAACGUGGCGCUGAACGCCGCCGAUGAGAACGACCCUAACGACGCGGCGGACGGCGACGGCGACGGCGACGGCGACGGCGACGGCGACGCGGCGGAUCGCGCGUGGGACGGCGCGACGCGCGUGAUCGGCGGGCGCGGCGGGACCGCGUGCGCGAGGGCGCUGGACUGGACGAGGCCUGUGGACGAGCAGUGCGCGCGUCGCGGUGUUGAUGAUGGCGGCGGCGUCGACAACAGCUGUGCGUCAUCGUUCGAGUUCGACCCGAGGGACGCGGAGAUCAUAAUCGCCGCGGAGUGUCUGUGGCUGCGCGAGCUCCUCGCGCCGUUCGCGGACACCGCGUGCGAGAUCAUGCGCGCGAGCGACGCGCGUCGUCGCGCGAGGAGAGGGGUAAGUAACCCGGGGGAAGAGGGACCCGCGAGUGGAGGAGAACGCUGUCGCUGCGUGUUGUCGUUUCGCGAUCGGUCGUCGACGGCGGCGUUCGCGGCGGCGGGCGAGGGUCGCGGCGACGAAAACGAAUGCGGAAACGAAAACUCGGGGGGCGGCGGCGCGUUCGUGCCCGUGCGCGACGUCGUGGACGCGUUCACGUCGCGCGGGUGCGUCUGCGCGCUCCUGCACGAGCGCGCGUCCGAGGAGGACGACGGGUUCAGGGUUCACGUCUUUUCCAUCUCUUUCUCGCCGGCGGCGGACGACGACGCGUAG